UCAAGACUGUGGACAGAUUUGAAGACAGUUUUCUCCUCUGUGGCUCCAGCAUUUUUUGUUCCCUGCUUGAUCUCUGGAAGGAAGGUGGGCAACAGGUGGCCAGCAGUGAUCUACCUGUGGCUAUUUUAUUCCCAGUGUCUUCUGCCUUUUCUAUGGCCACUAUCUGUUCGACCCUCAACACUGACGAGAAAUGUUGGUAGGGAGAAGCUGUUCCUUACCUCUGGUAGAAAGAAAGAUGUUCAGGCCCUCCCCUUACCUGACAGCAGAGCUGCACUUCAAUGUGGCAGCUAUUGGCCAUGUGUGGCUCCUGGGUGCCCGGAAUGUGGCUGGUCUAAACUGCAGUUUUCUAGAAAGGUAGAAUGCAGAGUUAGUUUUAAAUAUUUAGUUCCAAAAAUAUAUAUACUUUAUUAAUAAUUACAUAUUGCUCACAUAUUAAAAUAUUUUGAAUAUAGUGGGUUGUUACAAUUCCACCUGUUUCUUGUUUGUUUUUAAAGUUUGGCUACUAAAAAAUUUAAAAGUCAUGUGUGGCUUUUUCAGAGGAUUGCCUCCUUUUUAAAAUCUCAGGCUGCCUGCUCAAAGGACCAGAAGCCAGGAAAGUCAUAAAAUCUGAAGUUUUUAAAUAAUUAUUAUUUUUAUUUGUGAGUAGCCAUAUAGUAUAUUAUUUAUAAAUGCAUAUACCCUCUGAGGCGGGCCUGACUCAGCUCGGGGAGAAAGCCCUGCCCGAAAAGGUAGCAGCUUAGACUGUCACUCCAUUCAUCCCCGCAUCGGAUCACAUCUGUCACUCCGGGUCUGAGGGGGCGGGGUCUUGAACGUUAUCUAAUAAGAGACGCUGAUCUGGGAACCAUCCAAUCCGGCACGCAGCUGGAGCGGACAGGGCAGCUUCCGGGAUAUGGCGGGGGCCUUUGUCUCUCGUUGAAGUCGAAGCUCCGGGUCUCUUCAUUUCUGUGUCCUCUGCUCCUAGAGGCCCAGCCUCUGUGGCUCUGUGACCCGCAGGUAUUGGGAGAUCCACAGCUAAGACGCCGGGAACCCCUGGAACCCUAGAAAUGGACAACAUGAGGUAUGGAGUGUAGCCUCUCAAGGAGUAGAUGGAUGCCCUGGGGCUGAGAAGAAUCUCCUGGUGUACUCUUCCUUUGAAAAGCUAACCCCUUGAUCUUCACUCAACCCAGCUUCCAUUUCUUGGAGACACAUUGCUGGUCAUCAAUCAGUUGCUGGUACUGCUGACAUUUAGAGAUGUGGCCAUAGAAUUCUCUCUGACAGAGUGGCAAUUCUUGGACACUGCACAGCGGAAUUUAUAUAGGAAUGUGAUGUUAGAGAACUACGAAAAUCUGGUCUUUCUGGCAGGUAUUGCUGUCUCUAAGCCAGACCUGAUCACCUGUCUGGAGCAAGAAAAAGAGCUUUGGAAUAUGAAGAGACAUGAAAUGGUGGAUAAACCCCCAGUAAUGUGUUCUCAUAUCAUCCAAGACCUUUUGCCAGAGAAGAACAUAGAAGAUUCUUUCCAUAAAGUUGCACUGAGAAGAGAUGAAAAAUAUGAACAUACAAAUUUUCUGUUAAAAGAAGGCUGUAAAAGUGUAGAUGAGUGUAAGGUGCAAAAGGAAGAUUAUAAUGAACUUAACCAAUAUUUUCCAACUAUCCAGAGCAAAAUAUUUAAAUGUGAUAAAUGUAUGAAAGUCUUUUAUAAAUUUUCACAUUUAAAUACACAUAAGUUAAGACAUACUGAUAAGAAACCUUUCAAAUGCAAAGAAUGUGGCAAAUUAUUGUGUAUGCUUUUACACCUAACUCAACAUAAAAGAAUUUAUACUACAGUGAAUUUUUACAAAUGUGAAGAAUGUGGCAAAGCUUUUAACUAUCGCUCAGCCCUUACUACACAUAAGAUAAUUCAUACUGGAGAGAAACCUUAUAAAUGUGAAGAAUGUGGCAAAGCAUUUAAUCGGUUUGCAAACCUUACUAGACAUAAGAGAAUUCAUUUUGGAGAGAAAGUCUACAAAUACGAAGAAUGUGGUGAUACUUUCAAUCAAUCCGCAAACCUUACUACAUAUAAGAUAAUUUAUACUGGUGAGAAACCCUACAAAUGUGAAGAAUGUGGCAAAGCUUUUAACUAUCGCUCAACCCUUACUACGCAUAGGAGAAUUCAUACUGGAGAGAAACCCUACAAAUGUGAAGAAUGUGGCAAAGCUUACACAGAACCUGCAACCCUUAAUAGACAUAAGAAAAUUCACACUGGAGUAAAACCAUACAAAUGUGAAGACUGUGGCAAAGCUUUUACAUACUCUGCAACCCUUACUAGACAUAAGAUAAUUCAUACUGGAGAAAAACCAUACAAAUGUGAAGAAUGUGGCAAAGCUUUUAACAAAUCCUCAAUGCUUACUGCACAUAAUAGAAUUCAUACUGGAGAGAAACCCUACAAAUGUAAGGAAUGUGACAAAGCUUUUAACCAAUCCUCAAAACUUGGUAAACAUAAGAAAAUUCAUAAUGGAGAGAAAACCUACAAACAUAAAGAAUGUGGCAAAGCUUUUAAUCAGUCCUCGAAGCAUACUACACAUAAGAUAAUUUAUACUGGUGAGAAACCGUACAAAUGUGAAGAAUGUGGCAAAGCUUUUAACUAUCGCUCAAACCUUACUACACAUAAGAGAAUUCAUACUGGAGAGAAACCUUACAAAUGUGAAGAAUGUGGCAAAGCUUUUAACCGGUUUGCAAACCUUACUAGACAUAAGAAAAUUCAUACCGGAGAGAAACCCUGCAAAUAUAAAGAAUAUGGCAAAGCUUUUAAUCAAUCCUCAAACCUUACUACACAUGAGAUAAUUUAUACUGGUGAGAAACCCUACAAAUGUGGAGAAUGUGGCAAGGCUUUUAAUUAUCGCUCAACCCUUACUACACAUAAGAGAAUUCAUACUGGCGAGAAACCCUACAAAUGCGAAGAAUGUGGCAAAGCUUUUAACCAGUUUGCACACCUUACUAGGCAUAAAAGAAUUCAUACCGGAGAGAAACCCUACAAAUGCGAAGAAUGUGGCAAAGCUUAUACAGAACCUGCAAUCCUUACUAGACAUAAGAAAAUUCACAGUGGAGAAAAACCAUACAAAUGUGAAGACUGUGGCAAAGCUUUUACAUACUCUGCAACCCUUACGAGACAUAAGAUAAUUCAUACUGGAGAAAAACCAUACAAAUGUGAAGAAUGUGGCAAAGCUUUUAACAAAUUGUCAAUGCUUACUGUACAUAAGAGAAUUCAUACUGGAGAGAAACCCUACAUAUGUAAAGAAUGACAAAUCUUUUAACCAGUCCUCAAAACUUGGUAAACAUAAGAAAAUUCAUACUGGAGAGAAACCUUAGAAAUAUGAAGAAUGUGGCAAAGCUUGUACACUCUCUGCAACCCUUACUAGACGUGAGAUAAUUCAUACCGUAGAGAAACCAUACACAGGUGAGGACUGUGACAAAGCUUUUAACAAAUCCUCGAUGUUUACUGCACAUAAAAGAAUUCAUACUAGAGAGGAACUGUACAGAUGUGAAGAAUGUGGCAAGCUUUUAACUAUCGCUCACACCCUACUACACAUAACAGAAUUCAUACUGGAGAGAAACCAUACAAAUGUGAAUAAUGUGGCAAAACUUUUAACUGAUUUACAACCCUUACUAAACACAAGAGAAUAUAUACUGGCUAGAAAUUGUAUAAAUGUGUAGAAUGUGGCCAAGAUUUCAGCUGAUCCUCAGCACUUACUGAACAUAAGAGAAUUCAUAUUGGGGAGCAACCUUACAGAUGUGAAGAAUGUAACAAUGCUUUUAAUCAAUCUGCAAACAUUAACCCUAAGAAAAUUUAUACCAGUGAGAAACUUUACAAAACCAAAAUGUGUGAUAACAAUUUUGACAACACCUCAACCUUUUCUAAAUAUAAAAGUAAUCGUACUGGUGACAGAUCAUAGAAAUGUGAAGAAUUUGACAAAACCUUCAAAACGUCUGACUUAUUUUUAAGUAAGAUAAUUUUUACUGGAGAAAACACAAGUGUAAAUAUUGUGAAACUUCUAAUUAAUGUUCACAACUUAUUGCACAGGAAUGCACUUAAGAAAAAUUGUACAAAUAAAAAUAAUGUGAAAUAACCAUUAAUAUCUGAUCAUAUCCUACUCAACAUUAGAGAGUUGGUAAACAAAGCAUAUAAAUGGAAUUACUGUAAUAUAUAUAUUACAGUAUAUGUUAUAUAUAAUAAAUGAAAU